AUGGGCUUGGGGGUCUUGGACGUGGCCCAACAUGUUGAGGUCCCCGGCACCUCCGAUAUCUAUGAUCACGCCCGAAUUGCGACCGAUGGUUCCUCUGACACCGACCUGAAACACGACUGGACGACCAAAGAACCCACCGUUCUUGUACCGCAGCCCAGUGAUGACCCCAACGACCCAUUGAACUGGCCACUCUGGCGUCGCGAUGUCAUCCUCGGCAUUCUAUCUUUCGUCACCGUACUCUGCACAACGACGAGCUCCAUACUAGCCGCCAACACCGUCACAAUCGCUAUAUCCGAGGGAAUCAACUUUGUGGAAGCUGCCCUCCUCACAGGAUACCUUCUUUGUGGCACUGGGGUAGCUGGCAUCCUUAUCGUUCCUACCGCACGCGUCUGGGGCAAGCGACAUCUCUUCUUGCUCGGCCACGUCUUGAUGAUUGCGAGUUGCGCCUGGGCCGGUGGGAGUGGAAAGAAUCCCAAAAGUCUUCUAUGGGCACGCAUCUUUCAAGGCGUUGCGCUGGCCCCGUUUGAGGCCCUGCUGAAUGCCUGUGUGGGUGAUCUUUACUUUAUGCAUGAACGAGGAAAACGAAUGGCCGUGUCCAACGUCUCCCUCUUCGGCGCGGCCUUUUUGACUCCAGUUUUCGCUGGAAGAAUUACGAAAGCCAUGGGCUGGCAAUGGUGCUUUUAUUUUGUGGCCAUCUUCCUUGCUGCAGCCCUCCCGUUCAUGAUCGUCUUUGUCCCAGAGACCGCGUAUCGGCGCCCGGACCACCUUAACACCGACUUCAAACACAAAGUUGAUCGGAACCAGUCGACGGAGUCUCACUUGCCACUCGAUAAUACUAGAAAUGAACCUAAAGUGUUUGUACCGGGGGGAGUCUACUCGGUUCUGAAAUCAAUGAGAUUAUUCAACGGGCGAAAGACAGAUGAGAGCUUUUUCAAACUGCUCUUACGUCCCUUUCCCCUGUUCCUUCAUCCGGGAGUCCUUUACGCGUGUCUCAUCCAAGGCGUCGUUAUCGGCUGGGGCGUAUUCAUGGGGGCUAUUCUAGCGAUUGUAUUCCUCGGCCCUCCUCUCUUUUUCGCAGAAGAUAAAACAGGAUACCUCUACACCGGACCAUUCAUUGGAUCAAUCCUGGGCCUCAUUCUAGCAGGACUCCUCACAGACUCAAUGAACAAGAUCAUGAUCCGACUAAAUGGCGGCAAAUACGAGCCCGAGUUCCGGCUCGUGCUCGUCUUCUUCCAGCUCAUCUUUGCUUGUAUGGGUAUCUACGGCUUUGGAUGGACGGCCAGCGAUAUCAUGAGGUACAAGUGGCUCUUGCCAGACGUAUUCUUUUCGUUCAUGAUCAUUGGGAUGGUCAUGGGCGCUGUUGCUGCUUCACUUUACAUCGUCGAUGCGCACCGCGAAAUUGCCGUUGAGGCAUUUACUUGCAUGCUACUAUUCAAAAAUAUGUUUGGCUUCGUCCUCACAUUCUACGCCUUUCCAUGGCUCUCUCACGGCGGUAUCAAACACACCAUGAUCGUCAUCGGCAGCAUCCAAGCCGGAAUUUGCUGCUUGUCCAUUCCAAUGUAUGUCUUCGGAAAAUGGAAUCGAGCAUUCUGCGCGCGCUACGAUAUUCUUGAGAUUCUGCAUCUGCGUUGA